AUGAAGGCUUCUGACUUUGACGUGACUUUGCAUGCUGACGCCAUCCAUCGUGGAGGCGGACAAAUUAUCCCCACGUGCCGUCGUGUGCUCUACGCCUCUGUGUUGACGGCCUCACCUCGCCUUCAGGAGCUCCUCUACCUCUGCGAAAUCCAGUGUCCCGAGGCUGCCGUGGAUGGCAUUUACGGUGUGCUCAACAGGCGUCGCGGUAUUUUUUUUGGUGAGAUGCAGGUGCCCGGCAUCCCCAUGUUUGUUGUCAAGGCGCAUUUGCCCGUCAACGAGUCGUUCGGCUUCACUACUGAUCUACGCUCAAACACUGCCGGUCAGGCGUUCCCACAGUGCGUGUUUGAUCACUGGCAGGACAUGCCUGGCAACCCCAUGGAUGCCAACCCUUCCAACAAACCCUUCAAUAUUGUCUGCGAGACCCGCAAGAGGAAGGGAUUCAAGGAAGGACUGCCCGAAUUGGCCAACUAUUUGGACAAAUUGUAA